GGGCGGCCUGGCCUCCAAAGAGGGGCCGUCACUCGCGCUCACAGCCAAAACGGUAGCAUGUGUGGCCAGGCGGGACGUCUGCUGUUUCUGCUGCUAGUGUGUGUCAGCGGUGGUGAGCGCAGACUGCUGUGUGCGGCGUCAGCAGCGGACGGCGAGGCCGGGGGCGCCGGGGCCACCAGCCCUGAGCGGUAUUUCACGCUAGAUGUUAUAGAGAAGAAGAUACUGGAUACUGCCUAUGAUGCGAAUCAAUGGCCCACCUUUAACAAAACCGGCGUACCGACCGACGUUCAUGUGGAGAUCUUCAUCAACAGCUUCGGCGCGCCGCGGGCAGCCACCAUGGACUACCACCUGGACAUCUACCUGCGGCAGUCGUGGCAGGACGACCGGCUCCGGUCUGCCUCGGACACCCGGCAGCUGCUGCUGGUCAGCAGGCGCAGCGUCAUCGACAGGCUGUGGACGCCGGACAUCUACUUCCUCAACGUCAAGGAUGCAAAGUACCAUGAUGUGACAUCACCAAACGUGUUGAUGCGGAUUUAUGCGGACGGAAGGGUCUUCUACAGCAUCCGAUUGCAGCUGACCCUCUCUUGCCAGAUGGAUCUCAACAAAUAUCCUUUGGACACACAGACCUGCCACAUAGAGCUUGCCACUUUUGCGCACCCAAUAUCAGCCCUGGAGUUUUAUUGGAAGGAGCCCAAUCCGAUUGAGAGGACUAUGAAUAUGGAGAUACCGCAGUUCAACCUGGAAGAGAUCAUCUUAGACAAUCCCAAAGUGCUGAACUACAGCACAGGUCAGUUCAGCGCGCUGUCGGCUCGGUUCCGACUGAACCGGGAGAACGGCUACCACCUGCUGCAGACCUACAUCCCCACAAUCAUGAUCGUGGCCAUCUCGUGGGUGUCCUUCUGGCUGGAGCAGACCGCCACGCCGGCACGCGUGACGCUGGGUGUGACCACCCUCCUGACUCUGACGUCACUGGCUGCCGGCGUCAGGAGCGAGCUGCCUCCGGUGUCGUACCUCAAGGCCAUUGACGUCUGGAUCGGCUCCUGCAUGUUCUUCGUGUUCGGGGCGCUGCUCGAGUUCGUGCUCGUCCACCACCUCGCCAAGAAGCGCAAGCGCAGGGGCAGCCAGCGCAAGUCCUUCAAGGCCAUGUUCUUCGGCAGCGAGGAGCCCGAGGUGCUGGACCAGGGUGGCAAAAAGGAGACUCACCUGGCAGAGGCGAAGAUCGUCGACCGCAUCUGCCGCGUCUUCAUGCCAUUCGCUUUCAUCACGUUCAACUUUGCCUACUGGUGUCACUAUGGGCUUGGCUAGGGAACGGAUGCGGCCUGGCACACAACGACAAGGAAUGCGGCCGAUUUUUGUAUACACCCGAGACACACAUAAGAGAUGGGUUGCGGAGCGAUGGUUUAUGGGAUGGUGUUUUACCGCGCUACGGCAGUCACGUUAACUGGUGUUCACUAAUGGCGCUAAGAGCUCAUAACAUUCUGGGAAAUGUCUUCGCCUUUGCUUUUGGGCAUUGCUAACGACAUGGGUGAGCUACAUAAUGGCUACAUAUAUGUAUACUCUAGGGGAAAGUGGGUGUAUUGCGCCCUCCUAACCAAUUGCGCCCACCAGCAUUCCCACGGAUUCAAUGGCAUGCUUAGAAUUUUGUGUUCGAAAACAUUAUUUUCACCACUGGAUAGUUCAUUUUAACGCCCAAACUCUCCGAUGAAGCCAAUCAGCAAAGCUCAUUCCGCCAUCAAAGAUGUUUUGGCGUUUUCUUAGCUUUUUUGCAGUAUUUUGAACCGUUGGCUAUACAAAUUUUUGAUGUUUGUGUGAUUUUCAGAGUGAUUUUUAGAAAGAGAAUCCCUUUUUUCAUUGUAUUUCACUGAAACAGUAAACUUCCUUCAACAUCUUUAUGAUAACUUCUACGCUUUUAUUAAAAAGUACCUUAAUUUUAAUU